AUGGACGUGUUUUAUGCCUACACGUAUGGCACGGCAGCAUGGCUUGGGUUGCAAGCUGUACCGCUGGUUGUCAUGCCCAAGUUGAUAAUCAUGAUGCUGGCUCAAGACGGACAUCAGACCUCAGACAUCGAAAUCUAUCUGAGUCGGUCGCUAGGCUUUGCCCUGGUACUGAUUGCACUGAUCGCCAUGUUCUUUACGGGGACAAUCCCACUGUCAUCGAGCAUCAGUGAGCCGGUCAGCUUGGAGGACAACGAUCCCAAGGCUCCCUACGCCAGGCCGAUAAUACAAAUUACCACCAUCUUUCACAGUCUGAGCACGGUGUAUUGCUACAUGCGAUAUGUCAACUACGAACAAACGGCAUACAUGCUGGGAGCUGUGGGGUACGGAAUAUUGGCAAGUGUGGGAAUAUGGAGUGUGAUAUUUGGGAGCACAGCGGCCAGACGAUCGAAAAGGACAGGGGCAGAUAAGCGAACGUCGGGAUUUCCCUUCAAGAACUCACAAGCUUAUGACAAGAGAAAGGACAGGAAGAUGGGCUGA